AAAGAAAGCACACACACACAGACUCACAGAGAGAGAGAGAGAAAGAGAGAGGGGGGCAAAGCAAACCCCGCGCAGAAAACUGUCUCCUUCCCUCGCCCCCCGGCGGCUCGGCGCAAACCCCUCCUCCUCGCAAACAAGAUCCCCAAAUCCCCGCGGGCCUGCUCUGCUCGCCCUCGCCCUCGCCGGAUCAGCCCCAUUGCGCCGCCACUCGCCGCCGCGCCCGGCCCGCGUGGAGGAGGGCUCCAGGGCGACGCACGCGCGCGCGCGCAUUGCGGGGGAAGUUGUAUUUUAUAGAUGACCUGGGCAGCAACUCUUGAUUAUGGGCGCAAGACAAAGAAUGAGGACAUACGACCAGGGCCACUGCGUCCAGCAAAUAUCAUAAGAAACAAAUUUCCUACCUACAAGAAUGGUUCAAACGGCAUAGUGAUCAAGCUGGCAGAUGGCCCAGAAGUGCCGCCUCUCAAGGAGGUUGUUGCUAAGGAGACUGAGGAACUGCUUGAUCGCCGUCAGCGCUUCUCAGUCCGUGAGCUUGCAAUGAAGUUUGAGAAGGGACUCAACACUGCCACUCUGUUGUCUAAAGAGGUUAAAUGGAGACAAGUGGCUUUGUUGGAGCGAGACAUUCUCCUGAAAAAUCUAAAGAGUGUAUUGGAGUCACUGAGAGGUCAAGUCACGGGCAAAACUAAGGAUGAAAUUGAGGAGUCUAUUUCUAUGGUGGAAAUUCUUGCAGUUCAGCUCUCCAAAAGAGAAGCUGAGUUGAUUCAACAAAAAACAGAGGUCACAGAAUUAGCGAAAUCAUUAAAGCUGGCUUCUGAAGAUGCCAAGAGAAUUGUUGAAGAAGAAAGAGUUAAUGCCAAUACGGAGGUAGAGAGUGCUAGGUCUGCAGUGCAAAGAGUUCAAGAAGCACUUCAGGAGCAUGAAAAGAUGUCCAAAAAAACUGGGAAGCAAGAUAUGGAGGAACUAAAGAAAGAAGUUAGAGUGGCCAGAAGAAUAAAAAUGCUGCAUUGCCCUAGCAAGGCCAUGGAUCUAGAAAAUGAAAUCAAAACUUUACGUAAGACGUUUACUGAGAAGUCUGUGGAUUGUGUCAAUCUUUUGAAAGAGUUGGAACUGCACAAAAGACUAAAAGGAAACGAAAUUCCCGUGUUCGAUUUGGAGGGUCUCCAGUGCUUGGGUUCAAUGCUACACAUAGUUUGUCAGAACGGUACUCCCGUGGAUUUUUCAAAUAUUUCUGUCCAGUGGUUCCGGAUACACCCAAAAGAAAGCAACAAAGAGAUUAUUUCAGGUGCCACAAGACCAGCAUAUGCUCCAGAGCCAAAUGAUGUUGGACGUUACAUGCAAGCUGAAAUCAAUUUUGGGGGUGAAACUGCAAUAGCAAAGACAGCUGGGCUAGUAGACCCUGAUGCUGGACUGGUGGAUUAUGUAGAGACACUCGUAAGAAAACCUGAAACUGAAUUCAAUGUUGUUGUGCUUCAGUUGAAUGGAAUUGAUCAGCCGAAAGAGGCUGUUCAUGUUCUCAAUGUUGGGAGAUUGCGGAUGAGACUUUCAAAAGGAAAGACAGUAGUUGCCAAAGAAUUCUAUUCCUCAUCGAUGCAGCUAUGUGGUGUUCGAGGUGGUGGGGAAGCAGCCUCACAGGCAAUGUUUUGGCGGCCCCGGAGUGACCUCAGCUUCGCCGUUGCCUUUGAAACAGCGAGAGAGCGGAACACCGCCAUCAUGCUGGCGCGGCGGUUCGCCAUUGAUUGCAAUAUCAUCCUUGCAGGUCCAGGCGACAAGACUCCCUGGUGAAGGAGACGGCGCACACUGGUGCUGGAUGCUUGGCGCACACUGGUCCGACCAGCGACCCUCGCAGAGCAAAUCGUGAUGUUGUACAUUUUAGUGUAUUUCAUGAUAUGUGUGUAGCCUGUGGGUUUUGUUCCCUUGUGGCCUUGUGGUGGUAGCUCUCAGAGGCGGCACCGUGGGCAUCGUUUUAGCCGCCUUGGUGUUGUUCUGACAACCUUCCGAGUGUUCAUGUUGUUCUGCUUCACAGGCGUUGCGAUAUGUUGUUGCUAGGCGUUUCUCUCUUCUUUCUGAUACUCCCAUGCAACGACAGUUAGCUAUGUUUGAAGUGUUACACACUAAAAGAAAUGUUUGAUGUGUACUA